AUGGAGGUGCAGCUGGGGGUCGGUCGCGUCUACCCGCGGCCGGCGGGCAGGACCUUCCGCGGGGCUUUUCAGAGCUUCUUCCAGAGCGUCUGCGACGCUUUCCAGCCGCCGCGAGAGGCGCCCCCGCCGGGCUGCCUGCCGCCCCCCGAGCCCCGCGCCGCCGGCAAGGCGCUGCCGGCCGCCGGCCCCGCCAUGGGCUCGUCCUUCCCCUGCUCCGGAGAGCUGAGGGAGCUGCUGGGCGAGGCGGGUGCGAUUCCGAUGCUGCCGCCGCCCGAGAGCGAGCCGGUGGACAAGGAAGAUCCGCUGGGCGACAGCGCCCGGCAGCUGUGCCGCGCCGUGUCCGCCUCCAUGGGGCUGGCGCUGGAGGCGCUGGAGGCUCCGGCCGAGCAGCUGCCCCGCGAGGACUGCAUGUUCGCCGUGCCCGCCGGGCCGCCCCGCGCCCCGCGCCCGCCCGCCCGAGGCUGGGGCGGCCCGUGCCGCUUCGGGGCCGAGCUGGUCCCGCCGGGCCCCGCGCCCCCCUGGCCCACCUUCUUCGCCGAGGAGGGGCAGCUCUACGGGCCGUGCCCCGAGCCGCCCGCCGGGCCCGCCGACUGCCCUGCCGAUGCCUGGUACCUACCGGGCCGGGCGCCUUUCGCCGCCCCCGCUCCCGGCAUCAAGAGCGAGCUGGAGCCCUGGGUCGAGGGCUACCCCGGCGCUUACGGCGACCUCCGGUUGGAGCCUGGCCGUGACCAUGUCCUGCCCAUUGACUAUUACUUCCCACCUCAGAAGACCUGUCUGAUCUGUGGAGAUGAAGCAUCUGGGUGCCACUACGGAGCCCUGACAUGUGGGAGCUGCAAAGUGUUCUUCAAACGGGCAGCUGAAGGUAAACAGAAGUACCUCUGUGCCAGCCGCAACGACUGCACCAUCGACAAGUUCCGGCGGAAAAACUGCCCCUCCUGCCGCCUGCGCAAGUGCUACGAGGCCGGCAUGACGCUCGGAGCCCGCAAGCUGAAGAAACUGGGUAACCUGAAGGCACAGGACGACAUGGAGGGAGCCAGCUCGUCCAGCCCAACGGAGGAGCAAGCUCCCAAGCUGGUGAUGACACGCAUUGAUGGCUACGAGUGCCAGCCCAUCUUCCUCAACGUCCUGGAGGCCAUCGAGCCUGGCGUGGUGUGUGCUGGCCACGACAACAGCCAGCCUGACUCCUUCUCCAACCUGCUGACCAGCCUGAAUGAGCUUGGGGAGAGGCAGCUGGUCUACGUGGUCAAAUGGGCAAAGGCCCUGCCAGGAUUUCGCAACCUGCAUGUGGAUGACCAGAUGUCAAUAAUCCAGUACUCUUGGAUGGGCCUGAUGGUGUUUGCUAUGGGCUGGAGAUCCUUCACCAACGUCAAUUCCAGGAUGCUUUACUUCGCUCCAGACCUGGUCUUCAAUGAGUACCGCAUGCACAAAUCCAGGAUGUACAGCCAGUGCAUCAGGAUGCGGCACCUCUCCCAGGAAUUUGGGUGGCUCCAGAUCACACCCCAGGAGUUCCUCUGUAUGAAGGCUCUCCUCUUCUUCAGUAUUAUUCCAGUGGAUGGCCUGAAGAACCAGAAGCUCUUCGAUGAGCUCCGCAUGAAUUACAUCAAGGAACUUGACCGUAUCAUUGCCUGCAAGAGGAAGAACCCCACCUCCUGCUCCCGGAGGUUUUACCAGCUCACCAAGGUCCUGGACUCCGUGCAUCCGAUUGCCAAGGACCUGCAUCAGUUUACAUUUGAUCUCCUAAUCAAGGCACACAUGGUGAGCGUGGACUACCCAGAAAUGAUGGCCGAGAUCAUCUCUGUGCAGGUUCCCAAGAUCCUGUCUGGAAAAGUCAAGCCUAUCUACUUCCACGCACAGUGAUCUUUCAGAGGGUUCCCCGUGCUGCCACCCCCAUUCCAGCCAUCUCCUGCCUGUUACUUCUGCACUACUGUCCUGCAGUGCCUUGGGGAAUCCCUCUGCGGCGGUGGCCAAGGGGACAGGCAGUGACAGACCUGCUGGGAUUCCUGAGAUUACUAUUUUCCUGAGGUAUCUCUGAACUGAACCCCUGGCGCCGACCUCUGCCUGGCUCCAGCUGCUCGCGGUGCUGGACAGGGACUGCUGGGGGCAGUGGCACCAUGUCUGAGUGUUCCCCUCUGUCUGUCACUGUGACUUCAGCAGCCCAGGGCCACGGGACAGCAGAAGAAGUGCCAGCGGUUGGUGGGUUUGGGGUGAUUUUUAUAAAAGGAAUACAACCCUAAGCAGGUUGCAGCUCCGCGUUUGGGUGUGGGUUGUGUCGCCAGCCUCCUUCCAGAUGUUUUGUUUGCAUUAUAGUGCUGGGAAGCAGAUAAGUUCAAACAUUGCAGAAGAGAAGCAGAGCAGAGCUGGGGGACAAGGCAAAUCUGUGGCUGAGGAGUUCACAGGCCCUGCAGCCACGGUGGGAUCUGCUCUGGUCACUGGGCCCUGGGACCGGCCUGCAGUGCCGAGACACGAGCGAUGGAGCGGACAGGCUGCAGCAGAAGGCCUAAGGAACAUCACCUUGGAGAUCCCCAACCAUGGCUGCCUCCUGUUCUCCACCUGGCAUGUUUUUCUUACAGCCUGUCCAGCUGGGUCUUGGUUUGCCCCGCAGACCCCUGGUGCUCAGCAGUCACAUUCCUGUCCGUGCCAGCUGCUGCUCCCUGACAAAGCUGAAGCCACCUCUGAAAGUGCCUGAUGCCCUCGGACCUCACACCUGCCUGGCUCCCCUGGGCACCUGCAGCCCUGCCCCACACCUGCUCUGCUCCUGUCAUGGCUCUGCAGGCUUGGGAUUCCAGCUAUGCUCUUUCCCUUCAUUUGUCCCAAACAUUUUGUCCCAACUAUUUUUUCCAGUCCCAGCAGAUGAGUGUUGUGGAGCCAAGACCAAAGCCAGGGUGUGUGGGACCUGUGGGACCAUGGGUCUCUUCUCUGAAUCCUGUCCAUGGAGAGGUGGCUGUGGGAACUGGCUGCUGCCACCAUGGCACUUUGGGGGGCUGCAAGGGAAGCACCAAGAGACCCCCUGCUCUUGGAGGCAGCACACACAGCUCCACUAAUGGCAGUGGCUUAUUGAGCCCAGGAGGAAACCACUGUGCAUUCACUGUCCCAUGUGCAUGGUCCUGUGUGCACCACACCAUCCCUUACACACCAUCCCUUACACACCACAAACACACCAUCCCUUACACACCACCCACACCAUCCCAUGUGCA